AUGGCUAAUGCCACAGGCCAGGACGCUGCCUGCCUGUCAAUGUCCUCAGCAGGAAGACAAGAGCUUCUGGGCUACUGCUAUAAAUGUAGCAGUGAUCACCUUGACCUAUGGUCCUGUGUGAAACAAUGCAAUUCCACCUGAGUGGAAAAAGGCAGCUGGAUGAUUUACAAGAACCCCAACUACUCAGGACACUGGUACUUUUUAAAAAGGGAAGACCAUCCUGACUUCCAGAAGUGGUUCAGUCUGCAACCCCAACAGGUCUUGCCAUAUACUGUUUCCCACAAGAUUCAGCUCUAUAAAAAAGAAGAGCUCCAAGGCCAAGUGUUAGAGCUCACUGAUGAUUGCUCAUUGGUCCCAGGCUACAUCCAUUUCCCCAAGAUCUGCUCCCUCAAUGUUUUAAGUGGUUCUUGGAUCUUGUAUGAAAUGCCCAAAUUCAGGGGCCAACAGUAUUUACUGAAACCCAGGGAAUAUAGAAGAUUCCUUGACGGGGUUGCAGUAAAUGCCAAAAUUGUCUCUUUGCAGAGGCUGCCUGACUUGCACUGA